UCCACCGGAUAUGAUGCUAUAGGACACGCACUUAGGAUAUGUAACCGCGGCUGUUGGUUUGGCAGUAGUCGUUUCCCCGCAUGCACUGUAAGAGGUAGGGUGGUUGGAUAAUCGAAUAAGCGUGCUGACCUGCGGACUUUCUCCGUAGAAAUACCAAGGUAUGUAUAUAUGUGAACGGGGAGUUCUUGCGAUUAGGAGGUUUAAGCAGUAGAUAAAGUUCGAUUGAGUGUCAGACCAGGCAAAGGCAGACACGGGCAGGGUACGGUACCUUGGUGCAAGAACAGACCAUACCGAAGAAUCUAAAACAUGCCCCUUCCACCAUAUGAGAACCAUGGACCGGUCGAUUGUUCUGUCGAGCCUGAUACGAGUAUAGUGAAGGGAAAGAGUGUUUUGAUUACAGGUGGUGCGAACGGCUUCGGCGAAGCUCAUGUGCGGGCUUUCGCUGCUGCCGGGGCAUUCGUGACAUUUGGUGAUGUUGAUGAGAAGAAGGGGAGGAGUCUUGCUCAGGAACUCGGGAGUAACGUCCAAUUCGUCAAGUGCGAUGCUACGGUCUGGGAGGACCAAUUGAACAUGUUCAAGCGGGCGGUGGCCGAAUCUCCUGCUAAGAGUUGCGAUAUUGUCGUUGCGAAUGCUGGGAUCACUGGGCCAGAUGAGGUCUUUGCUCUGGAAGAUGUCGCUGGAGAACCCACCAAGCCGACACUCCCAAUCCUCCAGGUGAACUUGAUUGGCGCAAUCUACACGUUUAAGCUGGGUCAGCAUUAUAUGCGUGUCCAACCUGAAAGUGCGGACCGAGAUCGGUGCUUCAUAUUCAAGGGCAGCGUUGCAGGGUUACUUGAUCAGCCUGGCUCGUUCCAGUACUCGGUGUCCAAGUUCGGGUUGAGAGGGUUGAUGAGAAGUGCUCGGCGUACGUCGUGGCAGGAGGGCAUUCGUGUCAACUAUAUUGGUCCCUGGUAUACGAAGACGACGAUAUUGAAACCUCAGGUCAUUGAGAGGUUGGUAUCCAAGGGUGUUGAGUUCGCUGAGGUGGCUGAUUGCACGACUGCUGUCGUGCGGAUUGCUUGCGAUAAGACGAUCAAUGGACGAUCCUUUGCGAUUCUUCCUCGCUCCGUGACGCCUCAGGGGUAUCGUGAUGCGGAGCUUGAUGACUUGGAGAGUGAGCCGUGGAAGAGUCUUCAGACGGUGGUCCUGGCUGCUGCAAUCAGGACCAUGUCUGCUGCCGUUCAGACGGCCAAGUAGAUACUGAUUUUGAUUCCUGUAUCUUGGUGUAGUGUUUGAGGACGAAAGAGAAAAUUGCUUCGAUUCAAUUGACGCG